ACGUCCUCCAAAAUACAGAGGCCAAGACGCCGGGGUGCGUGGUUCGCAGGAAGCUGGACGCCAUGAUGGUGCACUGCGCCGGGUGUGCCAGGCCCAUCCUGGACCGAUUCCUACUCAACGUGCUGGAUCGAGCCUGGCACGCCGAGUGUGUGCAGUGCUGCGAGUGUAGCUGCAACCUCACCGAAAAAUGCUUCACCCGGGAGGGCAAACUCUACUGCAAGAUGGACUUUUUCAGGCGCUUCGGGACAAAGUGCGCAGGCUGUUUCCAGGGCAUCUCACCCAGCGACCUGGUGCGUAAAGCGCGCAGUAAAGUGUUCCACCUGAACUGCUUCACCUGCAUGGUGUGUAACAAGCAGCUGUCCACGGGAGAGGAGCUCUACGUCAUCGACGAGAACAAGUUCGUGUGCAAAGAGGAUUACGUCAGCUCAGGUGCAACCCGAGAGGUCAAGCUCAACUCAGUAUCGUCAUGCACUGAUCGCAGCCUGUCCCCCGAGCCAAUGACGGACGACCCAAAGGAGACGGACAACUCGACAUGCUCAGACAAGGACACCGGCGCUAAUGAAGGCGAGGAGCAAAGCACCUGCCAAAAGCGACGCGGUCCGCGCACCACCAUCAAAGCCAAACAGCUGGAGACACUGAAAGCAGCAUUCAUAGCUACACCCAAACCCACCCGCCACAUCCGUGAGCAGCUUGCUCAGGAGACCGGCCUUAAUAUGCGCGUCAUCCAGGUCUGGUUUCAGAACAGACGGUCGAAAGAACGCAGAAUGAAGCAGCUCAGUGCCCUCGGCGCCCGGCGCCACGCGUUCUUCAGAGGCCCCAGAAGGAUGCGGCCGCUGGGGAGCAGACUGGACGAGGCAGAUCUCCUUGGCCCUGGGGGAUACGGCUACUACGGAGAGUACCAGGGCGACUACUACAGCACAGGUGUCAACUACGACUUCUUCCCCCACGGUCCACCCUCAUCUCAGGCCCAGUCUCCGGCCGAGGCUUCGUUCCUGCUCAGUUCCGGCUCCGGAGAUGACCAGCGCUUCACAGACAUCAUGUCACACGAUGACACGCCGAGCCCCGAGCUGCACCCCAACGCGCAGAACGAAGGGGGAUUCGGGACGGGGCCCAGUCCGCCUUUUUCGCUGGCUGGUAAUGCUAACUACAGUGGGCAAGAGAUGGGAGAGAACACCGUAUGGUAGGGCUGGUGGGGUUUCUGGACUGAGAAUCGAGGGGCAGAAUGAGACGUGGUGCAGGACGGACACGAGACUGAACAUGUAUAGCACCAGAAACCCAUUCAACCCCCGUUAAAAAAAUUCUGACAAGCCCCACUAGCUCUAUUUUGGUCAGUUCCCAGCAUUACUGCUUCUUCAAAUCAGGACGAUGUUUUACUGUAAGAAGAAGCUGGACAAUUAAAGGACACAGUGACUCAAACAAGGAUGCUAAAAGCUUUCCGUUCACAUUCACUCUGUUCUCUUUCUACGACCCAAACAAACAGUUGUUUUUUUUAAUGGACCAAGUAUUAUGGUAUGGCAUUGAAAUGUACUUGCUGCCUAUCAGAUUCGACCAGUAUUUUUUUUCCUUUUCUAUCAUUUCCAGGCUAGCAAAGGGUGUUGGUCUAUGUCCAAAACCCACUGAUCUAAUCUUCAAAAAACUAAUACCUACACAAAUUGGGUUUAGUCAUUACAUACAUCAUAAGUUAUGUUUACUUUGUUUUGUACUGUUUUGUUUUCCCAUGUUCUAAAUCCCUGAUCGGGUUGAAACAUGCAGUUUUUGGUUAACUCAUUCAAUAAACCUUUUGAUGAACACUGA